AUCACCUUCUAAGCCCGUCCUGAGCGCCUCAACAAGUGACAACUCCACUAGCCGGGCUUAUAAAUCCUUCUAUCCAAUCACAUCUUCUCUCUCCAUCUCCAUUGUCAAAAUUGAUUCCAUCUCCUGUCUGCACUUGCAAUGCAUUAAUCCCCACAUUCACCACGUUUCUCUACCUCUUCCAAGCUAUUCUCUCAGGGUUCAUCCGCCGAAACCGCUCUAUUUUUUACCGCCCCUCAACCGUACCUACUACCUAGCGACUCAGUCCAUACUUUGCUAGUGGCGUUUUCGUCUUCGAUCCAUCCAUAUUAAAAGAAUCGCGACAGCCCACCUUUUCUUUCUCACCUGUAAUUCCCCUCCAACACCGCCAAACUGUUCUCCUCAACGUUUAAACGCGUUACUCUUCGUUCCAGCGCUGGUCUUUCGAUUGCGGCAGCGGCGACUACUUUUCAGAAAACUACGAGAAAACCGACUGUAGAUUUUGGUGUUAGAAAGAUGCAUAGCAAGGUUGUCAUUAUCGGCUCAGGGCCUGCUGCCCACACAGCUGCUGUCUACUUGGCGCGAGCUGAGUUGAAGCCCGUUCUCUAUGAGGGCUUCAUGGCCAAUGGCAUCGCGGCUGGUGGUCAAUUGACCACUACCACCGAGGUUGAGAACUUCCCCGGUUUCCCCAAGGGUAUCAUGGGCGGCGAGUUGAUGGACAACAUGCGAGCCCAGUCCGAGCGCUUUGGCACAGAAAUUGUCACCGACACAGUCACCACCCUCGAUCUCUCCUCCCGCCCCUUCAAGUACAGCACCGAGUUCUCCCCCGAGGAGACACACACUGCCGACUCCGUUAUCAUCGCCACCGGCGCCUCGGCGCGUCGUCUUAACCUCCCCGGUGAGGACAAGUACUGGCAGAACGGUGUCUCGGCCUGCGCUGUCUGCGACGGAGCCGUCCCCAUCUUCCGCAACAAGCCUCUCUUCGUUAUCGGCGGUGGUGAUUCUGCCGCUGAGGAGGCUACUUUCCUCACCAAGUACGCCAGCCACGUUACCGUCCUCGUCCGUCGCGAUGUCCUCCGUGCCAGCCGAACCAUGGCCAACCGUCUCCUCAACCACCCCAAGGUCACCGUCAAGUUCAACAGCGGUGCCACUGAGAUCCGAGGUGGUGAGGAUGGUCUCAUGAGCCACCUCGUUGUCAAGAACAACAAGACCGGAGAGGAGGAGGUCCACGAGGCCAACGGUCUCUUCUACGCCAUCGGUCACGACCCCGCCACUACUCUUGUCAAGGGCCAGGUUGACAUGGACGAGGAUGGCUACAUUAAGACCGUCCCCGGCACCACAUACACCAACGUCGAGGGUGUCUUUGCCGCUGGUGAUGUCCAGGACAAGCGAUACCGACAGGCCAUCACCAGUGCCGGUACCGGAUGCAUGGCUGCUCUCGAGGCCGAGAAGUUCCUCGCUGACCAUGAGGAUGACCAGCGAGCUGACGACCGACCCUACCCCAACUAAAAAAAAAAAAAAAAAGAA